GUGGUUUCCUACGAACACACCACACGUCAACUAAACCUAUACCAUCAAACUCCAGCUUUUUAAGACUAGCAGCUUCACCGUCACGACUCGCCGCCAUGCCUUUAAAUCUUCCGCUCGCGCCUGGGCAAGGUCCUUCAUUAAAACAUUUGCGUCAACCACCCCAAAACCACCAACGACGGCCGUUUGUGGUGGCCAUCCUUGCCCACAUCCCGCUCGGCAGGCGAAUCAGGUCACCGUGGCAGGUGCGUGACCACCAUCAACAAAUCGCAAAAAAAAAACCCAUCGCUAAUGCCGCUACCGCUGCUGCGGGUUGGAUGCGUAAGACGCAAAACGCCAAAAUCGUGCCACUGUCAUCACCGAGCACCGAACACUUCGCGAUCAGUGCGUCGUGCUGGACGCCCCCAUCAACGGUAACAGUAGCAAAUGCUGGCUGCUAGUUUGCUAAGCUUCACUCCGCCCGAAUGAAUGUGAUACGCUUUCGGUGCACGAUUUGUCGCUACUCACAUCCUGGUCACGGCACCAAUCUUUAACUAUUGCAUUUGAGUGCACUUCAGCCCCGUCUAGACAGGGCCGCAAUGCCGCUAUUUUGCACGAAUUUACGGCUGUAACUUUGUUUCCCAAAAUGCCCCCCCCCCCCCCCCUCCGACGCCUAGCCACUCGGACGCACAUUCCGGGCAGCCCUUUGCCAAGGUUACAUUCCAGCGCAUUAAAAAAAACCAUCUGCUAGCAUCAAAUGCACCAGUGGUCUUCCUUGGCCGGCUGGAAGUACGUUUAUUAAUUUUAAUAAAUCAAACAACCAGACGCGAAUCCGUUUACCCAUGUGUGUGUGUGUGUGUGUGCCACAGUUGGACCGCCGUGGCAUGGCAGCAACAAAGAAUCAAACCUACUCAUCCACACAGGGUACUUAAGCGGGCAGGAAAUGAAUCCAUCUUCGCGGUACACCGUCCCACUUGCUAACACUUUUACGACUGCAUUAGUCAAGCGCGCCUCCUUUCCGGCGCACACCCGUGGCCCAUUUGCCUGACAAUUAAAAAGCAGUCGGUUCGCGCGCGGGCGGGCCAAUUAAUUGCCUUGCCUGGGAUCGAUUCGCUUCGCUCUCAUCGCGCUCGGUUGCAUUAUAAAUUAAAGACUUUAUUGCAAAGACUGCUUGCCGGGUGAAAACCGCUGAUGGUGAUCGGGCAUAUAGAAGGAAAUGAGUCGCAAGCAAAACAUUUUCACCUUCAUCCCAGUGCCCAGCACCCGUCCAUCCAUCGAUCAAUGGCAAGCAAAAUGUCGCGUUGAUUUAUCUUGUCCCUAUAGUUUUGUUUUUAUCCUACGCUCCGAAUUGAAUAUUCAUUGCGAGCCAGGCGCGUGUGUUGUCAAAUGCAGCAACGAGCCACGGUUGCUUCAUAAAAAUCAUGUCCUAGAUUGACCAUCAUUACCAGGACCUUGGGCGAGAGGCAGGUCCAUAAAUCACGCUGAACGAGGCGAGAGUACUUCUUCGCUGUCAAAAUCUUCCAUACUAAUGAAGGGGAAUGAGACUCGCAGCAGCGUACGUGCGAGCUUUUAAUUGAUGAGUAAUAGAAUUGAAUAAUUAAUAACAUAGUUUCUCUUCAAUUCUAACACCAACACCUCAACCGCAACCGUCCCUGGAAGUUACUAUGCCAGAAUGUACAUUGGACUGUAUUGAGUAGCGACUCGAAAUAAUGUACUGGUAGAUCUUCUGGAAGAACCUAGCAACAAACUUUUUUUUUUCUAAACAUAUCUAAUCGCUGUGAAAAGAAACUUUCUUCGCCAUGUUUGAACACAUUGUAUCAUGAAGUAUACAAACAAACUCGAAAGCCCUACAAUUAAGGACAUUAGCUGCGCUCAACUUUUCUUCCAAAAACUUUGCUACCCUGCAUUAUUAAUCCUCCACAAGUCUGGGGGGGGGGGAGGUCUUCCCGAUAUAAGAUCUCAGCAAUGGCACUGCCGCUGCGUCAGUAGUGCAAGGACGCCGCUCGGUGCCGUCCGUCAACAAGAAGAUGACGCUCUGGAAGUACGUCCGUCAGAAGCUGUCCCCCAUUCUGGACCUCCAGCUGGACAGUGACUUCUUCGUGCUGCUCAAGUACCAGUUCAUCCUGCACGGUGUGCAGCUGCAAACUGAACGGCUCUGGCUGCGCGCCCUCUUUCUGCUCUACCAGCUGCUGCUGCCGACGCAGGCCAUCAUCUGGCUGUGGCGUACCUGGGCGGUGGCGUACAUCGAGCACAACAAGCCGCUCGCCAUCAGCCUGCUGUGCGGCCAGUUCGCCCUCACCAGCAUAGUGGCGCGGUACAUGCUGCUACUUCGCAGCUACGCCCAGCUGCAGCCGAUCCAGCGCCACCUCAACGAGCAGCGGUUUCUGCGGGGCCACCCGCGAGCGCACGCACUGCGGCAGCAGGCCUUCCGCACCAACAACGUGCUGAUGCUGGCGCUGAUGGUGUACGGUGUGCUCAACUUCGUCGUGUACGAGGCGAGCGGUCUGCACUGGCAGGAGAUAUUCCGCAUGCCGGACUACCUGCUGGCGACGAACCGGCCGCUCACCUGGACGCUGCACCUCAUCAUGCGCCCGAUGACGUUCAACGGGCUCGGCGCGUUCAUUGCGACCUUCGUCAGCAUACACACGAUGCUGACCGUGCUGCACGCCGAGCUGCUGCUGGUGGAAUUUGCGUUUGACGGGCUGCUGGAGCGAGUGGAGCGCCACGUUCAGGCUGCCGGUGCGCAGGAGUCGCCACUCCUCUGGCAGCAGUUCAACCGCGAGCUGGGCAGUUGCGUCCGCGAGCAUUGUGUGGUCCUGAAACAGGUGCGGGAGGUGAACCGGGUGCACAGCUUCUCCAUCACUGUGCAGUACUACACCGCGCUGCUCUCGCUCGCCAUCGACACCUUCUUCAUCUCGUACUACGGGCUCAACUUUGUGUCGGUCUGCGUGUCAAUCUUCUCAGUGCUGCUCGUCUUCGAGUGGUACUACUGCUGCAAGCUCGUUGAAGACCUGCAGGCAACGAACAAGCGGAUCGGCUGGACGCUGUACAACGAUAAAUGGUCCGACUGGCUGCAGUACGGGAGGGAGCAGCCGGCUGCCUUGCGCGAGUUCCGGACCACCCUCAGCAUCAUACUGCUCGCGACGCAGCGCAGCCUGUCCUUGCGCGGCAGCGACAUCGUCGAGGUGUCGUGGCAAACGUUCGCCAGCAUGCUGAAGACAAGCUACUCGGUGAUGAUGUUUCUGAUCGAGCUGAGGCGGCUGAAUCGUUGA